CUCUCGACUCUGUGGACCUCGAAGAAUCGCCGCAGAAUGAGACUCUGCGGUAUACCACUUCACAGUCUAGAUCGCUGUCCCGAAGUACCAAAGAAAGGCACGCAUCUAUAGCCUUAUCUCGGCAUGAAUGCUCUACGGCAGCGUUACCUUGUACCUUCUCCUUUCCAUUCCAUGCAUUUAUCUUGCAGUGCGCCUCAUUUUUCUCUCGAAAAUCCGCAGAUCAAACAAACAUCCCCCACGAAUGCCAUUUCACGAGAAACUUCAGCCUCAAAACGCCAUGUCUUCUACCCAACGUGCUGAGUCCAGGCACCCGCAGAACAAUACGACCGGCAAGACCAUCCGAAGUAGCAGUGCAUGCUAACUACUACCGUCAAAUACUACCCUAACCUCUCUCAACUCAAUAGAGUGGACUCGAGCCGCGA